AUGAAACGCAUCGAGAGAAAGAAUGGCGUUAAAACUGUAGCACAAGUCAAAGUGACAUUUGAAACUGAUGGGGAAGAUGGAAGCCCACGUAAGGCCCUUUCUGAGUUUGCUACCCUGGUCCGGAGUAGCUUGGCUGAAGUCAAAAGCUCAGUCAUUCCACUCAAGUUCGUAGAUCCAGAUCAGUGGAGCGAUGCAGUGACAGUCAUUCGAAAAAGCGAGAACAAGCUUUUGCUUCUUCUGUCUUCAGAGGAAGUUACCAUAGGCGGGCCAAGCCAAAGUCAAGAAGCCUUCAGUGCAACCUUAAAUGCAAUGCAGAAAACAAAUACCUCUUUGCAAGAGUAUAAACUUACACCUCAAGAUGCAUCACUGAAGACAGGCCCAGCCAUCAAAGACCCUCCCACUGGUGCAGGACUGACCACGCGGGAGAGCUGCUCAACUCGUACACAAGUACCAACAGUCAAAGCUCAGCAUAAUGUGGACUCCAAUAUCAACCAAGACAAAGUUGACAUUAAAGAUUCCUAUCAAGGUCCUGAUGGGAAUGGCUCUAACAGUCCUAAUCAUCAAUACAGAGAGACUACCACAAUAGCCAAGCGUUACAUUCAGCCUACCAAAUCUAUUAGUUUUAGUGGCUCACUGAAGCAUCUGACCGCUGGAAGAGAGAAGCCGAGUAUACUUAGACGGUAUAACCGUCAAACACUGCUAGUCCCCAGAAAGUGCCCAGAAAAUGUCAAGGAGGGGGGUCAACAGCAAGGGGGGAGCAAAGAUGAAACCUGCCCUAUAUGCAUGGACCUGUUUACCAAUAAGAAACAACUGAAGUGUAAACAUGCGUUUUGUGAGGAAUGCCUGCAAAGCGCAGAGAAAUUCAGUGGACCCAUCUGUCCUGUUUGCAAAGACGUGUUUGGUGUGAUGAUUGGAGACCAGCCGGAGGGAACGAUGACAUGGAGGAGGGAUGCUGCAUCUCUUCCUGGAUUCGAAGACUGCGGUCACAUAGAAAUCGCCUACAAUAUUCCACGUGGAAUACAAACGAAAAAGCAUCCCAACCCGGGACAGCCCUACAACGGCACUGCCAGGACGGCAUAUCUCCCAGACAAUAAAGAAGGCAACAAAGUGCUUCAACUGUUGAAGAAAGCGUUUGACCAGAGGCUGAUUUUCACAGUCGGGACAUCCAUGACAACUGGGAUUGAGAACCAGGUGACCUGGAGUGACAUUUCCCACAAGACGUUCAUAUUAGGAGGACCGGCGUGUUUUGGAUAUCCUGACCUGAACUAUAUAGAACAAGUCAAGAGGGAGCUGAAGGCCAAGGGUGUUGAGUGAAUUUGACACUGAGUGAAGUCAAAUAUCCUUUUCAUUCAGAUUUAUUGAAUAUUAUGCUCAGUAU